AUGCUGGUUUGUGUUUCACAGAUUGACGUGGGAAGUGUGGAGAAGCGCAGAGGCGGCAGCGGGAACGAUGACGAAACGCUCCCGUUCCCCGCUAGUCAGGGACGCGGCGAUUUCACGGUGCCUUCACAAGCCAAACUGAUAUCCUCCGCACCAGGCCUCAUCCCAAACAAUCCCUCGGCCGACACUCCGGCACUCCCUAUCGCCUACAGCAUCCGAAUCGCCUGCUGCGAAUUGCGCGACCGCAUCCACACAGCCCAAUCCAGAUAUCUCACGUUCCUUUCGGCAUUCCGGCACGCCGCGCACAAGGCACCUACGAAAGCAGCCAAAACGUCACUUUCCCCGGCUCGUCCGGACUACAUCGCGAGCGCUGAUGCUCCCCGCAUGCUGAACAACCUCCCCAACCAUACUUGA